GUUUUGCUUAACUUCAAAUGUACAGUUGAUAGAAUCUUGCUUCUCUGCAAGGGAGGGAGGAGUAAGAAGGAGGGAAAGAAUUUGGAACUCAAGAAGUCUUACAAAUAACCAUUAUGCAGUAGCUGGGUCGUACAAUGGAUAAAACGCCAGCCCUGGAAUCACGAGGACCCCGUUCAAAGAUGGCCUCAGACAUGGCGUAGCUGUGUGACCCUGGGCAAAGAAUAGCCACCAACCUCUUUAUGUGUGAGGCAAAAACCAGGAUUCAGGAACUGUUUAAGAACAAAAAUUAAAGCCCUGAAGACCCAUGGGCCCUGACCUAGGGAGAGGGGAAAAUCUCUCCUCCAUGGCCCUCAGGGAAGAAAAGACUUCAGCAGAGAGUGACACCGAGGCAGAAACCGUGGUGGAUGGGCACAUGGAGCCCUGCCAAGAACAAGCCUGCUCCGGGCCUCGGGGCAGCAUGCAGUGUGUCCCAAGGGCUGGGGGAGGAAAGGGCUUCUCCCUGGAAGAGGAAGAAGAGCUGGCCAAGAGGAAGGACAAGCCCAACCACCUGGCUGGGGUCUCGGUGUGGAAGAAUCACCAUCCAGACCAAGAAAACAAAUGUGAGGCCUCAGCAAAGGAAUUCAUCAUGGAAUCAGGACCUCUUUUCAGCCCUUUGUUUCCCGAGGAUGGCCCUGGCACAGGGACGACCAGAGACUAUUGGCUCCCGGCAGGAGCCCAGAGGGAGGAUAAAUUGUGUCUUGACACUCCAGAACUACCUCAGAAUCUUGCCGAUCCUCUAACCAGGACUCUGAGCUCAGGAGAGGUGGCCGACGAUGAAGAUGACCACUCGAGUGUGGAGUCCCCCAAAGUCCGUGGUCCCAGGCAACAACCUUACAACUCCAGUUCCUCUUUCUCAUUGAAGUGGACGUCUUUGCUGAGCUCCGAUUUAUCUGCCCUCUCUUUAUCCAGCCACAGCUUUCCCACCUCACCUGCCCCACAUGGUUUCCUAAGAGGGAGAGAGAAGACAGGAUCCCAGAGCCCAUGGGCUGCUAAGGGCUCUUCCCUAGACUCCACUGCCUCCUGUUUGCCUUCUGGCUCUUUGAGCUGUGCUUUGGGCCCCGGGCCUUCGUCCCCUGGGCUGCGGUGUCUGGCCUCAUGCAGCGAUGAAGCUGGGCGCAACCGGCCUCGGCCCUCCUUCCAGGCUGAAUACUGGGCUUGUGUGCUGCCCGACUCCCUGCCUCCGUCUCCCAAUCGCCAGUCCCCUCUCUGGAAUCCAAACAAGGACUAUGAAGACUUGCUUGAUUAUACUUACCCGCUGAAGCCCAAGGCUCAGCUUCCCAAACGCCUCAGUAACCGCAUGUUGGCUGACCCCUUCCUACACGACUCCGGGAUUGACCUGGACAGCUUUUCCAUGUCCCCCGAGAACACCCUGAAGUCCCCGGGGACCCUGUCCCAUGACUGCCUGCCUGUAGAAGCUGAUGGCCAGCUCCCUCUGGAGCCCAGAAACGGCGAUGCCACAGCGUCCCUCCCCCCGGAAACCUUUGGGUCUGUGGCUUCUGCUCUCUUCACGUCCACUCCCAAAGCCCGGAGCAGGCUCGCCCCUGGGAAUGACACGACCCCCACCAGCCCAGAGCCUAACCGGCCAUCACAGGGAGCCCAGAGCCCGCGCAAUGCUUUAUCUGCACUUGUAGAAAAGAAGGGGUGCCGGGAUGAUCCCCAGAGGCUUUUCCAGGAGACACCCCUGGAAUCAGACUGGGAAACACACGAAAUUGAAAUAGAAGAUGAAUACUUGGCCCUGCCCCCUCGGCUGACCCAGGUUUCCAGUCUGGCUCCCUAUCUCUCUACUGUUCAGGCUAGUGACUCCCAGCCUCCUGAAGGGCGACGUUUCCCAGCCUCCUCUGGGGGCGGAGAGCCCACUCCCUCCCUGAGCCGGAGCAGGCACUGCUGCCCCAGGAGUCCCCCACCUCAGGUUCAAGAACUUGAUAGGGAAGGAGAGCCAGGAGCUCCAGGCAGCCGCACAAGGACGAUGGUCUCCUUUCAGGAAAGGCUCGCAGGGCUGCCUUCUUGGGAUCUGAAACCAGAAGGGCUGUGUCUGGGGAAAGAGAAGGAUCAAGGGACAGACUCCCUCCUACAGUGCGUGAAGAUGUUUUGCUGCCACCUGGAAGAACUGAUUGGCUGGCUGUACAAAGUUGCUGAGGUGACAGACAACUUGAUUCCCCCAAAGUCCAACCUGGCGAGUCUCAAGUCUUCCCUCCAGCUUUACCGGCAAUUUAAAAAAGACAUAGCUGAACACCAAUCCCUGACUCAGAAUGUCUUACAGAAAGGAGAAAUUCUUCUCCAGUGCUUGCUGGAUAAUGCACCAGUUUUAAAAGACGUCCUGGGCUUGCUGGCGAGGCAGUCGAGUGAGCUGGAGGAGCACGCGGAGCGCCUGUAUGACUCUGUCUUAGCGGCUGUAGACACCCUGGCCGGGAACCCCGCCAUGCCGGAUGCCAAGUCUGCUCCGUGGGAAAGGAUCUAAGCGGAUAACACCUCAAGCAAUGUUGGAAUCGACCAAGCCCAAAGCUGGUUGUUUGAAGAGCAAGAACAGCAAAAGCAAUGCUUUUUGCCAAACACCUGAUGUACCAGAGACCUGCGGCACUGGCCUAAUGGCUCUAAAUGGAUUUCUCAUGUAGGAAGAGGAAAAAGGAAUCUUCCAGUGAGAACCUGUAAAGGAGGAAGGUGGAGGACUUCCAUGCUAAGGUUUUCCUCAAAUGGUGCUUCUGGUGACGUGACAGAGAUGACCGAGCCACCCAGCUCCUCCGUUCUUCAUAGAAAAUAGCCAAAGUGGCAAGUCUUUCCCCUUAAAAGUGAGAGGGAAUGGCAAUAGUUCUUGGUCACACUCGUCUCAGGACCUGGUUUGUGUUGCCUGUUUUUAUGAAGUGUCCACCAGAGAACUAGGAAAUGACAUUGAAAAUACUCGGCUUCUCAGAGGUGGCAGUGGCCAGACAGUUUUGAUCUUUCCACAAAUCUGUCAUUUGUUUGGGAAAAUGUGUUUUGCAUGUCUACAACAGAGAAGGCAUUAACACUUGACCUGUAGAUGAAAAUGAAUCCAGCCUGAUUUGGUUGGGAGAUAACACAACAGAUAAGGACAACAGGUCUUCUCUGUUUAAUUGAAAGAUGGCAACUCAGUAAACAUUAAAUGCCUGCUAUUAAAGGCACUUUGGAUUCUUCUCAAAUGGGUGAUGUGAUUUUUAUGCCCAACUCUUAGGUAACUUACAGUGCUUGGCCUCACUUAAUUCCUCAGUUUAGGUUGUAAGCAUACCACUCUACCCUCUUAGCAAACGCACGAGAAAAAGGACUAGAUGGAACCUCCUCACUACCUUAAAGUGGAAGUAUAAUUUAGCCAAUUCUAUGCCUUUCUAGAAUAUGAUGGUAGCUAGGCAUACAGAACAAAAACUCCAGUUUUCACGAACUGAAUUCUCAAAUGAAGAAAAGAAAGGUCGAAGAGGAAAACAGGUAGAAUAAAAAUUCUGAGAACUGAGAAACGGAUAGUUAGUAGUGGAGUAUUAGGAAAAAUGCUCAGAGCUUUUGGCAAAUCUUUCAGAUUUGAAUGUGUUGCUUUAAAAAGAAAAAUCUGUUCAUGAGCUUAUCAGGUGCAUAUUCAAAAUUGGUUCUUACAGACUUGAUGAAAUCCUGAUGUCAGCAUUCAGACUGAAAAGAUUUAUAGAUGUGUUGGCUGCCUGAGUGGAAAAAUUAAACUGCUAUUCUUUUCAUCCCUUAGCCAAAGAAAAGUGAAAGCCGCUACUGACGUGGCAUAUUAGAUCUCUUUGAGGCUAGAUUACGAUAAUGUUCUGGGACAUACAAAAUGGAAAUUGCUUACCUACAUGAUAUAGUCAGCUCCAACCACUUCAAAUUGUUAUUCAUGCUUUACAACUUUACAAAGAUAAUUCUUGCCUAACAGAGGGAACUCUCAAUUAGAUGGAAAAAUCAUUGGGAAGAAAAAUAAUCCUUUAAGACACAAAAUGAAAUAUCUAUUUCAUAUUUAGAUAUUUUCUGUAUUACUAAUAAUAUACAUAAUAAGAGAAACCAGUGUGGAGUAAAAAGGGCUCAGGUUCAAGUUCUGCUUGUGGCGGCAUAUGACCCAUCCUGGGCACAUAUGACACUAAACUUGGCAGUGCCUGCCACCCUCCACUCCCUUCCAGAACAAAACCUUUGCCCUGCAGAGACUAGUAAAGGGGAGUAAGUACUGGGCUUAGAGUUAUGAAACAAUGCUCAGCAUCUGCCACUAGCUAAGUGACCAUGGGAAAAUCACAUCACCCAUUUCCUCUAUGGUAAUGUGGGUAGACCUAUAGCAUGUGUAUAACACAGGGUUCUACUGUGCGGCUCAAAUGAAAUUGUGUAAAAAAAAUUAGUCAAUGGCUUCUCAAAGUGUAGUCACUUUGGGAUGGGUUAAGAUGGGGUCUAGGUCAAAAAUAUUUUCAUAAAAAUAAAGAAUUUUUCAUUUUUAAGUUAGAAAUUUGAGGCUCCUCAAUUUUUUAAGUACAAAAAGGUCUUGAGAUAAUAAAGUUGGAGAACCACUGGGUCACAGAUUGGUUAUGAUCAGAAUAUCAGAAGGAAUUCCUAACAGCAAAAUAAUAGAUUUCAUAUCAAAUAUUUGGUAAUCCUUUAAAGAAGAAUAAUUGUUUGCCACAUUGGGACUGGUUUUAAAAUACAUAGAAAUCCAUACAGGAAUCAGCUAUACAAGUAGAAAAUUCUGUAGAAGGAAACUAUCCAGUACUGUAUAACAUGGAAUUCUGCACUCAAUAGUGCCUCUCCAGAAAUCUAGCACUAAAUUUGCACAAAUUUGAAAGGAAAUCCAACAGUCCAUUCUUGGAAGAGACCUUAAAGAUAUGCCAACAACUCUAUAUCAUACAAAAUUUUUCUUAAAGACUGUUAGCAUUCAAACCCUUUUUUCCAUUGAGUAGCAAAACAUCCCCACAUGAUCUUGAGGAAGCUAAUUUUAGAGCAGACUGAGAAUGCCAGUGAACCAGUCAAUGGCCACUAACUAUCUUUAGGCACUUUUUUAAGGGGAAAAAAAAAUCAUUUUGGCUUAGCAUCAGUUAGUAAUACCAAAAGGUAGGCCAGUCUUAAGAAUCUUUGGGGGAAAUAAGAUUUUUAGCAUUGAAAUUUAUUUAAGCAAAAGGUCCUGAAAUCAUUAAGACAGAUGGGAAAUGUUGCAUUGCAUUACAAACUCUUGAAAACAAGUUUGUUAAAUCCCAUGUCCCUACUAGAAAUUUUCCCCCUGUAAAAAUCAACAGGCAUAAUCUAGGGGCAGGUUAAUAUGGUAGGUAAUAUGGAGAGUCCCAGUUCUACAAGUAACUAGCUGUGACCAUGGGUAAGUAAACUUUUCUCUGAGCCCCUCAUCUGUAAACUGGAGAUUUUUAUACACAAUUAGUAUGAGCAAGUUUCAGAAAACACUUGUCAAAGCAUAAAAGCAGUACAGAAAUGUAAAAAAGGUGGUCUUUUACUAAGCAAAGUCAACAUUAUUGCUAAGUGAAGUUUCAACAUGGAAGUCAAGGAGGUCCAGAGUUCUCACACCAAAGAUACCCUAUAUUCUUCAAUAGGAUUGCCCUUUCUGAACAGUACUUGAUAAUAAAAAUCCAUUGGCUACAACUGAUAAUCCCUAACAUUUAGGAGACAGUAAAGCCCUUAGUCCCACAUUUAAUAAUUAGUUUCUAAAGAUGACAGCAAAUACAAUGUUUUUCCCCCAUUCAACUAAAGCUUUUUCCCCUACCCUUAUCAGAACAUAAAGAACAAAAAAUGAAGGGCACCAGAUCUUCCUUGUUUCCAGUGUCCUGGGGAAUCAUCAUAAACAUUAAGAUUUUCCAGAUUUCUCAAUAAGCAUGUAAAUCUCAUGGACUCUUUGCUAGUGCACCAAGAAUUAUUUAAUGGCUUUCACCAACCUAAUUAUUGUAUGUAACCAAAAAUUUUGCUUCAGAACCCAAAGUCUGUGUUUUAUUCAGUUACUUUUCAAGUGUUUCUAAAAAUUGUGUUUUAUACUGUUUUAAGGCAAAUAUAGCUAUUUGAAGGUGUUUUUUAAAAUUACCCAAGAUACUGUCUGUGACUUUUCAGGAAUUGAUCAAUUGAUCAAUGCCUUAUGUAGUAUGAAUAGAUUCUCAAUAAGCACAUCUAUAAUACAAAGUAAACUAUGAUUUUAUUGUGAAAUUCUCAUAGAUGGAAAAUUCAAUUGUAUAUUUAUUCUGUUCAUCCAUUUUACAAUAAUCUUACCCACUUAUUUUUGUACCAUGUAAUUACGAUUGCCUGUUUAGUGAAAAUAAAAUAAAAAAUAUUUUAAGGGUUGCUUUUAA